AUGCGGCCGCCGACUGUACCUCCGGUAGAGGCACCCAGAGCUAACCUACCCGUGGUCAGCAAGAACGGCGUUCUGCUCCCCCCAUACAGCACUAUCUACUACUUUGAUCAACUUAUCGACCACAACAGGCCCGCGCUUGGGACGUUCAAGCAGCGUUAUUGGUUCACUCAUGAGUUCUACGAGCCCGGGGGCCCAAUUAUCCUCUACACCCCAGGCGAAUGGAAUGCCCAGAUAUACACCGGUUUCCUCACCAACGCGACUCUUCCAGGAAUGAUAGCUCAACAAGAGAACGGUGCAAACAUUGUCCUCGAGCACCGGUUCUACGGCCUAAGCAACCCGUAUCCUGACCUGACCGCAGAAAGCUUCCGCGUGCAUACAAUCCAACAAGCCAUCGACGACCUCGUCUACUUUGCAAGGAAUGUCGAGUUACCCAUGUUAAAUGGUGACAAGGUCACACCCGAUCAGGCGCCUUGGAUUCUCGUCGGUGGGAGUUAUGCUGAAGCGCUCUCUGACAUCAUUGUUUUCUUCCUCCAUCAAUCUCUCCCUGUUUCAACCCAAAGCAAACCGGGCGUCUUCUUCGCUGGCUAUUCAUCCUCCGGCGUUGUUCAAGCAACUCUCGAUUAUUGGGAGUACUUCGAACCCAUCCGCCAAGCAAUGCCGCAGAAUUGCUCAGCAGAUGUCCAGCGGGUGGUCGAACAUUUGGACGAUGUAUUCAGAAGCGGAAACCAGAGCGCCAUUGAGGACGUAAAAGCCAAUUUCGGACUUAGCGAGCUAGCGAAGAUGGAGGACGUUUUGAGCGCCCUGCGUAAUAAUCUUUGGGAUUGGCAGGAACUUCAACCGGGCUCUGGGCCUGGAACCGAGUUUUACAGGUUCUGCGAUGCCCUUGAGGUGAAGGACGGUGUCUCGGCGCCUGCCGAAGGAUGGGGACUUGAGCAUGCGUUGGAAGCUUGGGGUCUCUACUGGAGGACGAGGUAUUACUUCCAACUGUGCGGAUUCGAUGAUCCAGAGUGCAAUGAAGUAGGGUACUUGCAGAACGGUGCACCCGCUGAUCGCCCGUCGCUUGUUUCGAGACUUAUACAGCCGCCGUAUGACUUGAACAUGUGUCAAUUGAUGUUCCCCACUGCCUUCUCUAAGACGCCAACGCCCCGCACGGAUGUCAUUAAUCAGAAGUACAAGGGUUGGAACGUCCGUGUUGACCGAGUGAUUUUCGUGGACGGUGCUCGUGACCCUUGGCGCGAUACCGGCCUAUCCGCGCGCAUCCGCACACCCCACGUCCGAGGACGUACCCUCCAACCCAUCUACUUGACUAACGGCUUCCAUUGCUCCGACCUCCAGCUCAAGGGCGCUGUAGACCCUACCAUCGCCUACGCUCGAAAGCAGACGUUACAACACUUUAACAGGUGGUUGAAGACGUUUAGGCCUCGUCCUGUUUGGCCACCGAGACCCAUCAGGCCAUUCCCCCCUAUUACGAUCGUACCUAGGCCUCCUGUGCCCAAGCCGAGGGUGUGGAAGCAGCUUGUCGGUGGGUGGUUUGGCGGACUGCAGAACAGGAGGAGGGUAUGA